CCAUGUGUCAGUGCAGGUGGGAGACUAAGGACAUAAAAUACAGUGGAUACAGUGUUUGCCUGAGGUUAUUUCAGUGUUCUCCUCCCCCACACUGAACAAGGCAGGCAGCAGAUAUUAUUUGCAUUAGACAGCACCAUGGUGAUGCUGUCUGAGUACACACAGGCUUCACUUCACACAAGUUCAACAGGUGAUCUGUAGGAAAGCUCCUGGUCACACAGUUUCCAGUAAAUGACUGUAAACUCUGAAACAAAAGAGAAAGCAUGUAAUAGAGCUACUAUCACUGCCUGCUGCCUGUGAUGGUUGGAUAAGGUGUGGCACAGAGUGGUGCCCUGCAGGUGUAGGUGCAGGCUGAGGACACGCACAGCCCAGCCGACUGCAGCUGCUGUUACUGAGGGGCUCUAGAGCACCGCCGGAGACUCUGAGGAAGAUGAACUGGGGCUUUUUGGAGAACAUCCUCAGUGGGGUGAAUAAAUACUCUACUGUGAUCGGGCGCAUCUGGCUCUCAGUGGUCUUUCUCUUCAGGAUCUUGGUGUACGUAGCGGCGGCCGAGCAGGUGUGGAAGGAUGAGCAGAAGGACUUUGUGUGCAACACCCAGCAGCCGGGCUGCGAGAACGCCUGCUUCGACCACUUCUUCCCCAUCUCGCAAGUGCGCCUGUGGGCUCUGCAGCUCAUCAUGGUGUCCACCCCGUCCCUGCUGGUGGCCCUGCACGUGGCAUACAGGGAGCACCGGGAAGCCAAGCACAGGCGGAAACUGUACCAGGACAAAGGGAGCAUCGACGGAGGUCUGUUCUGCACCUACGUCGUCAGCCUGGUGUUCAAGACGGCCUUUGAGGUGGGCUCCCUGCUUGCUUUCUACUUCCUGUACAACGGCUUUGAGAUGCCCACGCUGGUCCGCUGCAGCCAGAGUCCCUGUCCCAACACGGUGGACUGUUACAUUGCUAAAGCAACAGAGAAGAAGAUCUUCCUCUACAUCAUGGGCUGCACAUCCAUUCUGUGUAUCGCUCUGAAUUUUGUGGAGCUCAUGUACAUUGUGUGGAAACAGUUGUGGAAAUGUUUCAUCAGGCGGUACGCCCCUGUGGAAGAGAAGCCUUACAGCAACUGCCCACCACCUGUUUCCAUAGUCAACAAGUUUGCCUCAUCUGAGGCUACCGUAAACACAGGGAAUGGUGGCACACAGCCUGCAUCCACAGCUGAAAACCUGCCAAUCCAGUCCUAGAGGAUGGGGACUGACUCAUGUUACCAGCUCAGAAUGAAACCACAGUGAAACCACAGUGAAACCACAGUGAAUACUGUGCUAUGAAAAAGAUUGAAUUGUACAAUUGGGCCUAAAUUGAGAAAAGCUAUGGUGACAUGUCAUAUAAUUUAUUAGAAUGAACAGACUCUAAUUACAGAUAUUAAUGAAACAUACAGUAUGUCAUAAUUUUGAUUUGUCACUCACAUUCAGCACCCCUCCCCUCUGGUUAAGUUUUACACGUUACGAUCAUUCACUCAUCAGGAGGAGCACUGUUUAGCUUGUGAACACAUUUGUAUGUCCUGUGGCUCUGGAGGAGUUGUCAACUCUAAUGAUGUCACUGUGAUGUCAUCAGGCUAAUCUCAGGUUGGGCUUGAAGAUUGCAAAUUUUCUACAAAGGCUACAUUUUUUGUGCAUUUGAACGGAAGCGCCUUUUCUGCCAAUGUGAUGGGAAAAAACUGGAAUUCAUUAUAAUGAGAACGUUUCUCAAUAUUUUAAUUUAGUAUCUCAAAACAAUGAAAAACCUUCUCAAUAUCUUUGGUAUAUUGUCAUUUUGAGAUAAUAAGUCAUUACUUUGAGAAAGUUUUUCAUUAUAAUGAUUUAAAGAAUUAUUUUUUUUAUCAUAUUGGUGGAAAUGGGCUUCCAUACAUUUGUGUGUUUACCAGGUAGGGAAGGUCUAAUUUAAUCAAAGACUCCAUCAAGUUGCAUUAUGUGAAAUGUAGGAUCCGGUGUUUUUGGAGUUUGGACUAUUCCAAGUGUGCACAGACUUCUUUACUUGGGGGGCCAACACUGAAACUUAACGGUGGACAAGCCGCCCUUGGCUAACUAAGGACUAAAGGCCAGGAUAUCUCAGCCUGUGAUUCUUCAAUUUUGACCAUUCGUUUCUUCUUUUCUUUUAAAUCUGUCUCUUAUGAGUCCCCAAACUUCAUGGAAGUGCAAUAUUGAUUAGCAGUAGUAACAUAAAAACCUACUGUUAUGCCUUGUUGUACCAGGAAAAGCACAGGUGAAAGGUAAACGAUGGCUCAUUGAGUGUACCAGUAAGCCAUGACAGUCGAGAAAGUUCACUGUAAGUCAAUUUAUUUGGACAGUCUGCCUACAGAGUAUUUGUUUUUGGCGCCUUAACCUCACCAAACCUCAAUCGUAGUGAUAUAAUAUCAGAAAAAGUUUGCUGAAUCCCAACUAAUAAACUGUUGUAAUGUUACAAAUACUCUUACUGAACUCUCCCUGUCAAUACACGUGCUAGAAAGAGUUUUUGUUUUGCUUUUUUAAACACCACGCCGAAAUAUUCAUAUUUCCGCUUCGGAUGCCACGAUGCCAUCAAGCGGGAUCUCUGGUCGUAAUCAGUCCUUCACUGACCAAUCAGCGUUCAUUAGCAGAAUGCUAGCGCGUUAUGGGCAACAACAACUCGUCCUGUAAGAAAUCAAAAGGACAUAAGUACUCGUUCAUUCAACUUUCUGCCUAUAACCCAUGUUGAACUUGCAAAAACUACAAUCAAAUCUGAGAUUUCUCAACGACAAUCAGGUGAAAGAGACAAAUUUUUUUUUUUUUUUUGGGCCUUUUUCAUGCCUUUAUUAGAUAGAGACAGCCAAAGAUAGACAGGAAAGGUGGGUAGAGCGAGAGAGGAUGACACGCAGCAAAGGGUCGCAGGUCAGAUUCGAACCCGGACCGCUGCAGCACCUCCAUAUAUGGGUCUCCAGCUCUACUGACUGAGCUAACCGGGCGCGCAAGAAAGAGACAAAUUUAGCCGUCUAGCUCAAUAGAUUCCCAUUCAUUCUGCACUCAUGGGCGAUCACCCCCAGUGGAACUCUGGUGGAACUGCAACCAAAAUUCAGUACAAUGGGACUUAAUAGGGAGUGGCCAGGCUCUCUGUAGACGGGCUCUGGUAUUACCCACCUCAGUAGACAUUGCUCCACGUGAAAAAGUUGCCCGGCAACAAAUGCACAUCAGCAGCGGUAGAAAGGGGGAGGAGGGUGCCGCAAGUGACUUUUUUUACGACAGUUUUGUGAAAUAUACGUCCCAGAGCUGUAGGGACAGCUCGCUGAGAAAACGUGACGACAAAAGUGAAAACCAGCGAAGAAAUGGCUAGAGUUGCCAAGUUCCCCUUUAACAUUGAACACUACAAUGAAAAUUUUGAUGAAGACUUCCAAACCAAUUGUUAUUUUGACAGGAUGUCAGACAUCAGACAUGCAGACUGCUGUUUAGCUCUCAUAUGUAUGGGGAGAUAAAUAUGAAACUUUAAACAAAUUGUAAUUUUAUGAUUUAGUUUGUUCAUGUAAUUUUACAUUGGACAUGUAUAUUCACAGGCUAUUUUUUGUAACUGUAUUCAUUUGUAAGUGUAUAUUAAAGAAAUCUAAAAUAAACUGGAAAAAAUGUACAGGUUUACCAGGAUGUGUGGGAACCCUGACUUUGUAGUUGUUAUAGCAUGAUCAAUAAAAUGUUUUCUCAAAAACACA